AACCCUUGAGCUUUAUUGAGUUUCAAAUGUAGAAACCCUAUGUUUGCACCUACGGAGUUAAAUAAAAGUACGCAAAGAACAAUUUCCUUUGGUUUUGGAAAAUUUUGAAUGUGAAAAAACCCCAUUUUUUCAAAUAGCGAGAGAUUUUUUCAUAGAUUAAAAAAUUAUUUUCUGGAAAAUGUUUUGGUCAUGCUGUGCAUGACCUGCAUGACCUCUAGCUUCGCCACUGAGUUUGCCAACCUCGUGCCUAGCCAAAAGUCGGUUUAUAGCGUAUGGUUAGGUUAAAGUAGCAAAAAUGGAAUUAUUUCCAACUGUCCUGGUGCUUAUUGCAAGAUCAAGUGACGUCCUGAAGUUGCACGAUACUGUGAAAAAAAUCCUCACGAACGGAGAAGCGACGUGUCGGGUGGCGGCUUUCAGGACCAGUGGUUUCAUUGAGCGCGCAUUUUUUGAUAAGAUUUACAUUGCUACCUUUUAAAUGGCUAGUGUGUUUCGAAAGAAACUACAGAUCCUUGAAGAGAAGGGGUAUAUGAGUAUUUUCUUUAUGAGAUCAAUUCAGAUCACAGCAGAUAUGUGAUGGGGCAUCCCCAAUGUUAUUUUCCAGAACACGGACUAAUACAAUUUUAAGAAUGGAGGAAACAAACUGGGGAAAAUACUGAAUACAUUUUCCUGCACUGAUUGGAAGAAUGGUUCUAGUGAUAAUGUUGCCAACAAUCAACAAAGUAAGUGCGUUGUGAUGUUUCUUUGGAGCUGAGUGAUGAAAAGGUUACGACAGCGGUUUGGAUGAGCAACAGCUCUUUUGGAGCCCUUCGAGAGAAAGUCAAUUAUCGACAAAUGAUGGAGAUAUUUCAACUUAUUUCUAAUAAAUGUUGAGAGCAGUAAUCGCAGCUAUCUGAUGUCUCAUAACUGGGUUUGUUCAUCACUGUGAAAGGGAAGUAAUUCUGGGCCAAAGUGUUUUUUGCAAAUCACAACAAAACUUAACUAGUCUAAAAUUGUCCAAGUGACAUUUCUUUCUAUGGGAGUGAAAGUAGCAAGGUGUAUAUACAUUAUGGUUCUUCUUGUCUGGAGUUCCAUUCAAUUCAUCGUCUUGAUACCGGAAUUAAGCGAUAUAUUGAACAGCUAUUGCUGGAGUAAAUUCAAGUCAGAGAUCUGUGUUCACAUAUCAGGUGUUCACGCCGGUUACAGAAUCACCCUCAUUGGGUCCGUGUACCAUCUUUUACUUGCACUGCUGACCAUUAAUAGCAACUGUUGCCCAAACUUCUCUGGCUUCAUUCACACCAAUUGUUGGCUUUUAAAGUUACCCGUAUUCGUGGCAAUCAACAUAGUAGCAUUCAUAAUACCAAUCGGACCGUUUGCGUUCCACUUGCUGUAUUACAUUUACCUAGUUGCUGCUGUUCUCUACAUCCCAGUCAUGUUCAUUCUGUCCCUGGACUUCAGCCAUGCCUGGAAGAUUUUGUGGAUGCGAAGUGCACAUGCUCGCAGCGAAGAACCAACAUGCUAUCUAUGUACAUGGCUCUUCCUGAUUCAUUUAGCAACUUCAAUUUUCUAUGCGAUUGCAUUUGAUCUCAUUUUGGCCUUUUUCUUCUUCAAUUCUGUGACUCAGUGCAUCACAACAGUGUGCUUGCUCUCUAUCAAUAUAUUUCUAUGUCUGGUUGCAGCAACUCUAUCUUACUUUCCACACUUAAAGGAGACCAAGGCCUCGUCUCAAAUCAUUUUAUCAACAAUGGUAUUCUUCGUUGUGUUCUUCACGUGGCUGGCAUUAUCAGACUCUGAAAACGAGUACUGCAACAUGUUCGGUACACCAUUUUCGGGUUCCAAGCAAAAUAUCUCACUUAGCUUUCGUUCAAUAUCGUUGUGUGUGCUGACAACAACGACCCUUCUCUUCAUUCUACUUAGAAACGAAAACGUUUCUUAUACAUAUAGCUUAAUCAAUAUCGAUGGAGAGACAGAUGCAUUGCGAUGCUUCGGUUUCGCACGGUUUCACUUCACAAUGUCCCUUGCUUCAUGUUUCUUACUUAUGGCAAUGACAAAUUGGUAUAGUCCAUUCCAUGAGCUUGCUGUCGACUGGGAUCGCGGUAAACAAAACUACAUUGUUGAUGUCGAAGAGUACAACUACUACAGGUUCGUUGCACUGUGCGUGGUGAGCAGUUUUUUGCCUUUGCUUUACAUAGGCCUGCUUACUUUCGGAAUCUGUCUGCGUUAUCUAACGAAGAAUCCGCUGCGGAAGAAUGACACCACAAACUCGACAGAUAGCAACGAGAAAUCGUUUUUCCAAUUGUCCAGCUACGAUGAAACCACAUUUGUCAUCGGCUACGAGGAGGCUAUUUCCAGGCUCCGAAAAUCUAGUCACGCGGCGGCAUUGACGAAACCGCGGGAGGACCUCGAGACAGCUUUAAUUCCUUGUUACCACAUUAGAGAAACAAAACUGCGAUUUUGGCACUUUCCCAGACACAUUAGCCAGUCGUACUACGGUGGACGAAAUGGCAGUAAUGCGUGCACAAUUAUCGCAUUGAUAAUUGGUCGGCUGUUUUCAAGAUCGGACGUAGUUAUACCUCCGUUUGGCUAUCUUACGGACACUUGGAUAAACCUGUACGUAUCGUCAAUUGUGGAAGGAAACGCGCUUUACGACAAGAUCCUCAAGGAGUUCGGCGUACUCGAUCUCAGUAUCGAGGAGGCUGCCGAGCAAUUUGGCACCAAGUUGAAUAUAAAGCAAAUCGGGAAUCCUUUGCCAGUAACAUUUGAAUCGGAGAUCGAGACGGUCCGCGUCGCAUUUCAACUUCAGCGCUUUGUGAACCUUUGCAAGAAGCAAGUUAUACUAUUCAUACACAGAUAUAGAACUUGCGCCUUCCUCAUUUUUCCGGACGGCUCCGUAAUUUUUUCGGACAGUCAUUCGUACGGCGAGGAAGGUGCUUUGUUAAUAUGGGCUGCAAGAUAUGACGUCAUACCUUUGACUGAACUCUUAAAGAAUGUUCUGGGGACGAACCAAAAUAAACUAGCUACGUUGACAGAAAUCGAAUAUGAGAGUCGUUUUAGAAUUCUGAGGGGAAGUUUGAAAAAAAAGGAAGCCAAAUGACAGACUGGAGGGCUGUAGGUAAAUAAGAGCAAGGAACGAUGUUACAGCGAUUCCACAAUGUUUAUUCAGUUGCAGAAUAAAUAAUUAUCACAGCCUCUAAUCGAAAUUAUUUGAUAUGAUAUAAGGAUUUCCUUUACGCUAAAACAAACUUGUGCAUUUGUUAAAAGUACUUGCGCGAAUGAGGAACAAUGUAUGGCUGGAAAUCUCACAGUAUUUACAUGCGACAUUUGUCACGAAAUGCGAUUCUCAAAGGAAACAUGGUGACUGCAAUCCUGUGGCCUAGCAGUUGCCCACCAAAACAGUACUGGGGAGAAAAAAAUAGAACACACCAAUUUAUACGCAAGAAAUCAAAAGAGCUAUGAUAUUUGUUGCGUAAUACUUCGCCACUAUCAAUCAAGUGAGUCCGUAUUACAUUGGUACUCCACCAUUGGUUGUAACAUAACGAGAAGCAACAGAAACAGGAAACGCAUUGACAGGGGCAAAAGUGGUCAAAAAGUGCAAUUAAAAUAUAUUAGGUCCAAUGCUUAAAAUUGGUAUGACAAUUUUGUGAAAGAAAUCGAUGGGACCAAUUGCUUUUGGGAUUGUUUUUAACAGGUUUUUAUGUUGAUGCCGAGAAAAGUCGAGUAAGAAAAAUAAGUACGCUGAAAACUAAAUGGGUAACCGUUUUCACAAAAACGACAAAAAUGAAUGGAUAUUGAGUGAAAGAUUAAUUGUUCUUUGCAGUUUAAUUGUUGAAAUGGAUUGUUUUCCGGACACGGCCUGGAUCUGCCACUGGACAUAAAUACCAUUGUAAUCCGCAUCGAUCUUUAGCCAUUAAAAGCACACAUUCUACUACAUCUUCAUUACGUCAUUACGGAUAAUGUGAGAAGCGCAGCGCAUGCGUAACUGAUCAGUGUGUGGUAUUUGCAACUACAAACUUAAUAUCAUCAGGCAUUAGCCCCCCUACUUUUUGCAAAAAAUGACAAAUACUAAUUAAUAAACUACCAUUAAAGCCUCUUUUUAUACGGUACUAGCCCCCCCCCCCCACUUUUUUAGACCCCCUUUCUUCAAAGCUCUACGAUGCUUGAUCAUCGUGUUCACAAUUACCUUUUAAUUACACAUCUAAUAUGCUUUUGACUGUUCUGGUGGAAAAGACCCUUUAUUCAAUGGCGGCGCCAGCCACCAAGCCCUCGGGGGGGGGGGGGGGGACUAACCAAAAAAAUUUAAGCCACGCCCUUUUACCAACAGGGAACGCCAAUUUUAUCCGAAGGGAAUGCCUAUGACUAACUUUUGUUUGAAAAUUGGCAGUUUGAAAAUCAUAGGAUUACAUCACAAAAAUUAUGGUAUCAAAAUAUUACCCCUCCCCCAACAUUUUCUCAUCAAAUUUAGACGAAAUACAAAAUCGAUUUUGCUGAGAACUGGGGGGAGCCGUGUCCCCCCAGUCCCCCCCGUGGCGCCGCUACUGCCUUUAUUUCUUGAGUUCCACAAAACCAGGUUGCCAUCAAAAGCAUAGCUAGAUAGCAAAAUGCAGACUGACAAAGGGAAAGGGAGCAAAUAUAACCAUAGGGAGUCCAGGGAUGACCCUGUCCAUUAUUUUUGAAGACGCAUUUGAGACACAGUUAUGUCAUAAGCUGUGCAUCAGAUUAGCUUUUUGGAGAACUUCUCAGGCACCAUUUUCUGACAUUUUAGGGGCAUCCAUUCCCUUGUCCCCUUGCUUUUUUACUAGGUGUCAUGUGAUGAUCAAGUGCAUUGCUGAAAAGCCAUUUGCAUUUAAAGCAAAUGUAUUUUUCCAAGUUUGUUAUUAGCAUUGAAAAGGUAUAGGAUUUGACAUAUAUGGUGUUAGGCACAUUUUGGAAAUUAUUAGGGGGAUCAAAGCCCCUUAGCCCCCAGCUUCAGCAGUCCCUGCUAUUCAUCCUUAACAGUCUGUAAAAUAAGUCUUUAAACUGGCUCAGAUUGCUAUACAGUUGAUGGAGAAAAUGUUCAAAGAAGAUUAUAAAACUGUGUUAAAUACAUAUAUCAUUUUUUU